CAAGGAGGAUGCAAAGGUUGACACCAACAAGAAGAGCAAGCAGGAUGCAAAGGCAAAGGACAAGAAGGAGAGCAAGGAGGGUUCAACCAGUGCAAAGAACCAAGGCAAAAAGAAAACAAAAGGUACCAAGGAGGUCAAGCGCCGGAAGCAUGCAAAGGGGAAGAACACCGGAGCUAGUAGUAGCAAGGUCAAGAAGGAAAAGAAGGACAGCAAGGCAGCAACCGCAGAUGUAGAUGAGGAAUCCGCAGACAGUAAGGACACAGGUUCUCCAAAGAAGGCAAAGAAGUCAAAGGCAGCCAAGAAGGCACACGCAAUGUACAUGAAGUAUUGGCGAAGCAUCAGAAGCAAGACGCAACAGUCGGUUCUCUAUGAGGACUUUUGGGCUUCGGGAUGCGAGUGGCAAAGGACUACCGUGUAUCGCACAGUGACCAACAAAAUGGAAAAUAAAAAAUCAGGAAAACGGAAGUGGUUGACACGUGGGCAAAUGUUGCCAUACUUUGAAAACGAUGAAGCCAUCGUGGAUGCCAUCAUCCACCGUAAGAUGGCGGAUGAUGAGCUUCGGGCCGAAGAAGUGAGAAGCCAUCCAGAGAUUCCAUCUGUUUAUCAGUACUUGACUUUGGUUGAGGAUGAAGAGGAGGCCACUGAGUCCAGCUCGAUCAUGGAUAUGUUCAAGGCUACCGAUUCGGACGAGUCCGAUGGCAGCGAGAGCGGUUCUGAUUCAGAGAGCACGGAUUCGAAUUCCUCUGAGGGGAAGAAGCGCAGCAAGAAAGACAAGAAGAAGAAAGACAAGAAGAAGAAAGACAAGAAGAAGAAAGACAAAAGUAAGAAAAAAAGGAAAAGGUGGAAAGUCCAACAAAUCAAAGGCAGGUCCUAUUACAGUAAAUUUGAUACCGCUUUGUAA